GCAGCUGCGCUGUGAGAGCCGCCAGGCGCUGCUCCCGUCACGGUCAUCCUUUCUCCGUUCACCCCUUCAAACAAUGUUCUCUAUAUUCUGCACGGCUCUAAAUCAUUCGUCGACUACGAAGCUUAAGACGUUGGAUUGAUUCUACCAUUUCCAGUUUGCCAUGGCGACCGUGGUGAUGGAGCAGAUCGGCCGCCUGUUUAUCAAUGCGCAGCAGCUGCGUCAGAUCCCUCAGCUUCUGGAAUCGGCCUUCCCCACGCUGCCUUGCACUGUGAAGGUGUCCGAUGUUCCCUGGGUGUUCCGCGAGCGCCACAUCCUCACCGGCUAUAGGCAGCCAGACCAAAGCUGGCGUUACUACUUCCUCACCCUCUUCCAAAGGCACAACGAGACCCUCAAUGUGUGGACCCAUCUGCUUGCCGCCUUCAUUAUUUUGGUGAAGUGGCAGGAGAUCUCUGUAACGGUGGAUUUUUUGCGAGACCCUCACGCGCAGCCCCUCUUCAUUGUCCUCCUGGCAGCCUUCACCUACCUCUCCUUCAGUGCUCUCGCUCAUCUCCUCUCUGCCAAGUCCGAGCUCUCCUACUACACCUUCUACUUCCUCGACUACGUGGGGGUCGCUCUCUACCAGUAUGGCAGUGCCCUGGCGCACUACUACUACGCCAUAGAGAAAGAGUGGCACACCCGAGUGCAAGGGCUCUUUUUACCCGCCGCAGCAUUCUUGGCCUGGCUUACUUGCUUUGGCUGCUGCUAUGGCAAAUAUGCGAGUCCUGAGCUGCCCAAGUUAACCCACAAGCUCUUCCAAGUAGUGCCCUCAGCCUUGGCUUACUGUUUAGACAUAAGCCCUGUGGUUCACCGCAUCUACAGCUGCUACCGGGACGGCUGCUCCGACCCAGUUGUGGCAUACCAUUUCUACCAUGUGGUCUUUUUCUUAAUCGGCGCGUAUUUCUUCUGCUGCCCUCACCCAGAGAGUUUGUUCCCUGGGAGGUGUGACUUCAUCGGGCAGGGCCACCAGCUCUUUCACGUGUUUGUGGUGGUGUGCACCCUGAUGCAGGUGGAAGCCCUCCGCACAGACUUCACAGAGCGCCGUCCCUUCUAUGAGCGUCUUCAUGGCGACCUCGCACACGAUGCCGUUGCACUCUUCAUUUUCACUGCCUGCUGCAGUGCUCUUACCGCUUUUUAUGUGCGCAAGCGUGUACGUGCCUCUCUCCACGAGAAGGAGGAGUAAGAAUUGAAAUGAGUGAAACUAAGUUGGGUCUGAUUUAUUUUACUCUGUAGUGACCAUUAAUUAAAAAAUAAUUACCGUUAUCAGUUUGUGACAGUGACUUUUGAUUAUUUCUUCUUGAUGUGAUCUGCCAAACUACAGUGUGCUAAAAAAAAAAAAAGAAGAAAAGAUGAAGGGUGUGUUUUUGUGACUUACAGUGAGGAAAGGGGAAUCUUGUUAUUUGUCUGUAGCAAUACAGGUAUUACAUAAACAUAGCUACGAGUCCUUGCAUCUUCGCUCUGCUCUUUUAUUAGUCUGAGAGGUUGUUUUUAAUCAUUCUUAAAGGAAUGUAGUUUUACUUCAACAUACAGAAAUACACUUUCUGUCAAGGGGAGCAGAUGAAUUAAGAGCCUAGUUUCUUAAGAUGUCUUUUACCCAAUCGUAUUUAGAAUAAUCUGACUGUCUUGCUCGAAAUGUAGCAUUUAAAAUAUGCAAGCAUUUAUUUAGACGAUUUACAGUCCCAUUUGUAUAUUGCAUUCAGAAACCCAAUCCAUCCUAUACAAGUUGGUGAUAUUGAUAUACCUUUCUGACCCUAUUUGUUUCAUUUCACAAUUUUUUUUCAUUUUGAUUCUGCCCCUCUCUUUUACGGAUCAAAGCAGGGAUUUUGUUUAAAUGUUUUUUUCUUUUAAAUCAAGGUGCUGACACUGCGCCACACAAAUGUUUUAACAUUCUGGGAAAGUAGAGAACCCAAUUUUUAAAAACAAACACAAAUGUUGUACCUCGUAUUAUUUCUUCAGGUGAAAACAUUUUGUUGAAUUAUGUUGACAAUGAGGCUGGCACUCAGUAUUGGUUAAAAGAUGGAAGGAAAAUGACUGAUGUCUCUUUGUUGUUGUGACAAUGUUAAUAUUUUUUUUUAAUUCAAAGGGCUGGAAUAUCAGCUUUUGCCUUUUCACAUCCCUUGAUGUCAAUGCUUUUGUGCGUAUUUUUAUUUCAUUGUUGUUGUUUUAUCAGAUUUCACAAAAGCCGUGUCUGACUGGUGUUCUGCUUCUGGUAUGUUUUGUUGUUGUGUGAUGAAUAUAUAUGUGCCUCUACGCAUGUCUUUUGGUAUAUACUGUGGAUAUUAAAAGUGUGUGAUUGUCUAUGAAAGCUUAGCCUUGCACUCCUUUCCUACCCUGUAAAUAAGCUGUAUUUCUCUAGAAAGUAAUUUGCAUCCCAUUUUGUCUCCACCUAAUCGCACUCAGAACUGAAUGCGUCUUUUUAUCUAGUGGAAUACAGCACAUUCCUAUUCUGCUGCAUCCUUUCCGAGUGUGUUUUGUGUUCAGUGUCCUUCUGCCUAUCAGACUUUAAUGGCUAUGAAUACAUCAUUUCACACUGCUGCACUGUUACACUGAAGAGUCCCUUUGUUCUUUGAUGACUUUUAUAAAGAAAAAAAACUAUCACACAGAUAUGUCUCUCUGAUAAUGUUGCUUAGAUUUUUUUAUCUCACACAAUUUUAAACGUCAGAAAUGAUCUAUAUUCAUUAUAGCACUCUCUGUUCAUGAUGGUGUUUAAUGUGCCAAUGAAUCUGUUAUUGCUUCAGUGAUGGUACUACUGAAAGAUGAAUUCAGAGACAGAAUGUCAGAAGUUGAUUUAAAUGAUGUCUUGACCUGACUGCAAACAUGUUACUGGUGAGAUUUAGCCCCUAAAUAUGAAUCUUCUAACUGUUGACUUUGGCGUUUCUGACCUGGUCUCAUCAUGCACUGCCUGAACACUGUAUAUACUGUAGCUGACAACACUGGCUAUGUUUACAUGCAUGGAGGCACCUGCGGUUAAUGUGAUUAUUCUGGUUUUGUGUUAACUCUUGGAAAUGCCAUUAUUCCAAAUAACCUGGGUAAACCUGUACUUCAAUUAGGAGUAACCUGUUCAAGACCUCUCUAGUUUGUACGUAGUUAUAAAUUGGUUUGCAAGAUUAAGGCCGUCAUGCUCAAGCCUAAUUUUGUACAUGUAGUCAUGUACAUUCGACACUGCCUACAUUGUAGAUGUUCAUUUGGCAAACGAAGCCUGUAAGUCUCUUUCUAGCCCUGCAUGUAACUCAAGGUUAUUGUCCCGACCAUUACAAGGACCAAAAAUAUUACUACUGGGAUUAUAAUUUCUUUCCCGGAGCAACAGGGAGGGAGCAGCUGGGAAGUGACCAGUGUUUUUCACACCAUGGAUACUCUGUCUCAGAUUAUCUAAAUUGCGUGCCAAUUGAACCUGACUAAGACCUUGACUGGAAUAUGGUCAGCACUCUUUACUGUAUAAGUGAGUUUGUGUGUAAACAUAGCCUCUGAUGCCACCCAAGGUUUCCCUUUAUUCCUUUAUGAAAGUAGGAUGAGGGACCAGGAUGUGUUCUGCCUCUAAAAAUACGUGUGACUGACUGUACUAAUAUUCUGUGGUAUUUAAGAAAAUAAAGUGUUACAGUAAC